UUUUUUUAAAUAUAUACCUGAAUAUUGGAUGUGACUUCAAAUGCACACCUCGGCAAUAGACACCUACUGUACUGGCGUGUAAAUGAUUACUACACGAAGAGCUGACACGCCGCAUUUACACAUGAGUCGAAUAUAAGACCUUUACUUUACGCGCCCACAAGGUGACAUCGCAAAUGUUCUCCCCUGCUGUAAUAGUCUACAACUACACCUUCCUCUCGCCUUAGCUGGCUUAUAUUCCAAUACCUUUCUGUUACGUCGACAUACCAUAACAACCUGGUAUACAGUCCAUCAAGAUGAAGAAAAAAUACAAUGCCCGCUUCCCCGUCAUGCGGGUGAAGCGUAUCAUGCAGACCGAUGAGGAUGUGGGCAAGGUUGCUAUGGCAACACCCGUGGUCAUAUCCAAAACUCUGGAGACCUUUCUGGAGGAUAUCAUUUUGAAGACAGCCGAUGUAGCUCGGCGGUCAGGCUCCAAACGAAUGGGUGCAGCCCACCUCAAAGAAGUUAUCACCAGCACCCCGCCGUUUGACUUCCUAGUGCACCUAACCGAAGAGGUCGCAGGACUGCCUCCAGGACAAUUGGAGCCCUCCACUGAGGUGGUGGGUAUCCCCAUGAUCCCCAUAGAAGAGUUGUCACCCAGCAUCAGUGCGAAGCCGCGUGGGCUUGAGCCGCCCCUGGCUGCAGGGCCGAGGAAGCGAGGGAGGCCCCCCAAGGUGAAAGUACAGCCGGAGGAUGCGAGUGCGGCUGCCUCGGCUCUGCAAGCCAUGUCAUCGUCGGUGGAUAGCUUUUCGCAGAUUCCGAAGAUAGAAGAGAGUGUUAUUAUGCCACUCACCAGUGUCGACACCGGCGGCAGCCGACCCAUGUCACACAUCGCCUCACCCGCGCGUGACGCAACCAUGCCGUCGCUAAGCGCACCCGCCGACACGCCCAAUGGGACAGGGCCGGAGGACAGGACACCCCUGUCACCCGCACUGAACAUGGACAUACACACAUCUGGCCGCAACAGCCCCAUGCACGCGGAUGGGGGGAUGGCGCAGACCACCACCCUACACACGCGUGCCGGGGGCAUUGCCGACACCGGCGGGAUCACUGAUCUGCAAAUCGCACCCGACGAGAGAGACGUGGUGCACCCGCGCAUGGGCAUGGCCACCACGGCCAAUCCCACCGCUCAGGAUAAGGCAGGCAACCUGCGGUCAGCUGCCAACGCCCGGCACCAGCCGUGGAUGACGGAGGUGACGGACAGCGGCAGCACCAAUAGACCCUUAUUAAACCCCCAUUCCGGCGUGUCUGACCCCCCUGGACCCGCUGACGCGAAGCUGCCACCACCGCCGCACCACAUACAGGACGUAGACGGCUCACGGGAGGUGUCUGGGGGCACCGCCAGGCCCGAUGUGGAGAUGAGUGGGAUGGGCAAUGACGAAGCCAUGCAGGGGAGUGACAACAACCCCAAUUGCGGACGGAUCGGCCCUACUAUCGGAGUGGAGAGGUGCACCUCACAGUGGCAGGGUCCGACCCGGCCCCCGCCCCCGGCAGUGGCUAUGCACCGGUCUGGGGCGCAGAUGCCACAGCAGCAGCCUCAACAACUCAGCCCACACCCUGUACCCAGGGCCCUCCCCACAACCCACAUGGCCAAGGCAAGCAGCACCGGCAGCCUUGGCCAGGAGCACCCGUCCUAUGAUUCCGUGGGCUCGCACCCCGCGAACCAUUUGGGACCGGGACAACACCUCUCACACUCACCGUCCCCGUCGAUGCACUCGGCGCACCGAAUGGGGUCGGGUCUGGGCAGUGAGAAGAGUCCAUAUGGCGAGGGGCCUGGACAGGGCCGCCCGAUGUUCCGGGUGGGCAGUACCGGUGGGGGCAGAGAGGGCGCCUCCCCAACCUACUACGGCAGACAACCGCCCCCCAAUGGGCCAAGAUACUCGCCACAACCAGGCUACGCGCAUCUUGGUCAAGACUUUGGACCUGGGCCUGGGCCACCGCCCCAGCCCCAUGUCCUCAAUGUGGGUGCACCCGAGCAAGCACGCGGGAGUGGUGGUGGUGCACCCCAGCUACAGGACCAGCGGUCACAGUCGGAUAUGCGGGCGCAAUCUAUGCAAGGACAACAAGCAUCCAUAACACCCCCACCCCCACCCCCCACAGCCCAUCUGAUACGACAUGCGCCGUACCCUCAGGGACGCAGCCCGCGGGAGGACGAUGCGCCCCCAUCCAUGGCUGGGUCUGGGCAACGGGGUAUGGCGCCACGGUACAAUGGUGUGGCGGUAGACGGAGAGGGUAGCGCUCAGGACGGCCAAAUCCCACCUCAUGCCUUGCCGUAUGGUGAAACGGGUGCGGGCUCGGGAAUGGGCACGCCAUCCGGUCCUGGCGGACCGCACCCGAAUGGUCCGAAUCAGCCCUAUUGGCACGGACAGGGGGGCACCCAGGGGAGUUUUGCUGUAAGAACCGCCGAGAAUGGUUACUAUGGCCACCAGGAUGGGGGGGCCGGGUCAAUGUGUAUGGAUCCUCAGUCCCGUGGGAAUGGCGCUGAGCGUCGCAUAGAGAGUGAGCCACGGACGGGCGGCUGGUCUGCGCCGCACGAGUACGGUAAUCCACAGUCACAACAACACCCACAAGCACAGGGAAGGGGCAGCGUGGCGUACAACGACGGAGACAAGGCACGGCAGCACAUGCAGCCUCCUGGGAGUUGGGAUGACAGGCAACAACAGGGCAGGUACAUGCAUGAGCAGCCGCCGCACGGAGGGCCUAUGCAGCAAGGCAGAGAGGGCUAUCAGUACCCCCCUGACGGGCUACCAAGAGACAGCAGAGGCAGUCCUCACCCGCGGAUGAAUGGUGUGCGUGGGCUUAUGGGCCAGCCCCACGCUGCGGCCCAGUACCAUCCCUAUGCACGCAGCGAGACGCAGCAGCAACAACAACAACAACAACACGCACCAUUCCCCCCGCCACCUCGUACAAUGAUAUACCGUGCGCGUAGUGGAGAAGAUGCUUACGUACAAGACCAAUCGCCACCUAUGGGCUAUGACCAGGGCGGCCCAGAGGCUCCCUCGGCCGAUGGCUGGGCCAAUGCAAGGGGGCCCUAUGCCCCAGCGCCUGCACCUGGCGGCGGUAGUGGAGGACCGCUUGGACCUGGUGUGGAUGGCUAUGAUAGGCGGUGAAGAGGGUGAUGUGAGGUGUUUGUAAAUUAUGGUGACCAGUAAUUUAGAUAGCAAGUGGCAGUCAUGGGUGAAGCUGAUAUGCUAGUCAGCGUAGGAGAUCUGCGGAUGAAUGGGUAAUAUAAAGCUUCUUCACUUUAGCAAAGCGUCGCCAUGUCACGCUUUUUUCUCAGUGAACAUGAAUAGUGUCAUCGUGAAUGACGUCCACUUACUUUAAUAUAUUGUAUGCAUAAAAUUAUAAUAUGAACAUAAAGUGUUAUCGUC